AUGGAUGUUAAAGAACCAGUAGCCAAAAAAGCCCGUACAAAACCAAAAUCUUUUAAAGAUUGGGAAGAAAAUGAUAUUUUUAAAUUAAUUUCAUUGGUAGAGGCUGAGCCCUGUUUGUGGAACGCCUCAAUGGAUGGAUACCACAAUAAAGCCAUUCGCGACAUUGGCUGGCUAAAUAUUGCCGAUAACUUUGAACCCGCAUAUUCGGUAGUGGAUGUAACCACCAAAUGGACAAAUUUGCGAAUUCAAUAUAGGGGGUAUGCCGCCCGUUCUAAAACAAAGUCAGGACAGGGCACAAUGGAAAUGCCUAAAUGGAAAUAUUUUAAUGCUAUGGCUUUCGUAGGCCGAGCCGAGGAUCACCAAACACAACCAACAAUUUCCAAUUUAAAUAUUGCCCAUGGUACCGAUAAUAAUAUUGAUAGCGACACCCCCCACUACGUCAACACCACCAUUAUCUACCCCAACAAUUACCCGUCGCACACAACCCUCAAAUCAACAAUCGGCAGCAACACAAAUUGCAGAAACAAUGCGUGA